AUGGCUAAUCCCAGUGGAUCUAAAGGCUCUAAGCAGUCUGAUACAACAAUCUCUCGUCCUCCUAACGCGUGGAUCCUCUUCCGCACUCAUUUCUCUCAACAAUGUCGCGCUAACGGGGUGAAAGACGCAGUCGUGAUUAGUAGGCAAGCCAGUCAGGCUUGGGCGAGCUUGCCGGAGAAGGAUAAGGACCAAUGGAGGAAAUUGGCACACAUACUGAAAGCUCAGUACGAUCAGGAGCGCCUGCAGAAUGCAUCCCAGCCUUCACAGUCAAAGAAACGCAAGAACAGCACGGAUGAGGGGAACGUCAGUGGCUCAGAGGUGGAAACGGGAAAGUCGAGCAACGUGCUUCGUAAGGGAAAGCAGACUUUAAAGGGAGUUGCAAAGGCUAUCACCCAGAAGCUCUCCAUCGCGAAGGAUAGAGAUUUGAAAGGGAAGGGAAGAGCUCAAGACGCAGCUGCGGGUCCUAGCAGUGAAGUUAUAAGCUCUACUGAGUCUCAACCAAACGAACCCAACUUCCUCAUCUGGAUGCCGACGUUUGUGCUCGAUGACUCGCCGGAUACCGACGAUAAAAACAUUGCUGCUAAUCCUCAUGCCACAGAUGACUCGCUUACUACGCGCGGGAAGGAUCCCAUUGGCGCUUUGACUAGAGAUGAGCCCCAGGUCAAUGAGGGCGAUUCUGUCACCGCUCCCGAACCGCAUGUUGAGUCCGUUGGUGAUGCACAGACUCGAGGCUCAAACGAGCCGAUGGUCCCGGCCGCGAAACCCGUUACCCAGUCGAAUGUCCCGCGCACCAUUCCAUCGACGGGUAGCAGCGGCAUUCCGCAGACUGAGGCGACUUCGAGCCAACUGGCCGCUUCUACCUCGUCACAGAAGUCCUCGGGUAAUGGCUCAGCACUCGACGUCUAUGGGUCAUCUAGGGAAGCAUCGGAAACAAAUGGCCUCACUGCCUCCACCACCGCUCCCGCCUCUACUCAACAGUGGACGAAUUGUGGAGCAACGUCCGACGGCCCUCACUAUUCCAGUGACCAUUUCGCUCUUCAGCCUAAGCCCAUCGUCACCCACAGCUUCGCUUCAAGUGACGAGUUAACUCGCUCUCAUAGACGCCAGAAGCUCACGCACCAGUUCCAUAAUAGCGUGGACGGCUACUCUGGACAGCUGUACAACGGUUAUGGCGCUGUUGCCCCUGCUCCGGGCCCGUCACGACGCGAAGAGCCCAUCGCAUCCACUCCGAAGUUGGUUCAGUCUCUUGCUCUCGUCAACAAUCUCGCGUACGACCGUUACAAUUAUCUUAUCCCGGCGGUCGCACCACCUCAAGCACGCGUCCCGUCAAACAGCCGUCCCCUUGUCGGCCUCGGGCCAUACCCUCAAUUCAGCACCCAGCUCGCGCAAUGUAACGCGGUCACCGGCGCUGAGGAGAGGGCAAUCGAGACGGUUCCUGCUCGUCCUGCUGCCCCCUUCCGCCCCUCGGACGAGCCUCUGCCUUCCACCUCAACUUCGGUCGUGCCUUUUGUUCCCACCAACGACCCCACUUAUACCUCAGUUUCGAAGUUCGCUCAGCCCCAAGCCCGCGUUGCGUCUAGCAACCAACUUCUUGCUCGAUUUAUCGCCAACCAGCGAUUCGCACAGCUCCCUCUCUACACCGCGACAACCCGCGGGACUGAUGGAAUCCGUCAAACUGAGUCUGUCCCUCCGUUUGUCCCUGAGCGACCUAAAGAGCCCUUGCCUUCGACUUCGAAAUCAAUCGAGACUCGAGUUUCCGACAGCCUUUUGGACAACGACGGCAGGAAUUCCUACGCCACGCAGCAAUUCAACCCACUGUUCGGAGCUCAAUACGAUAUGGCUACCUAUGCCAUUCCACAGAGCUCCGUCCCUCAGGUUGCGCAUGCGCAGGUCGCUCAGCCUGCCCAUUCCCAGUCCAUGGAACCUUCGACUUCUUCGACAGCCACGGGUCCUGUUUCCAUUCCCACUCAAGCGGCUACCAUUGGUGGCGCCGAAUCUCAGAGCAUUGACGCAUCUAACGACUACAAUUCCACGCUUGACUACCCCCUUUACCCUCAGCAAAACGCCCAAUACACUUCCUCAGAACUCGAAGGAAACGGCGUCGAUGGCGUCAACGCCUACACCACUUACCAGGAUGAAUUCACCCAAAAUUACGACUCGGGUCUGGCCUUUACUACCCCUUCCACCAGGGUUCAGCAGCCCGCCACAAACACCAAUGAUUUCGGCGAAUUCGUCGAGAACGCUUUCAAUAUCAAUUUCACCGAUACUUCCACCACUUACCAAGAUUUCACCACUUGGGCGUCAGAUGUAGCCAGCGUCGCUACCACACCUUCCUUCUACCAACCAAGCCCAGCCACAGAUUACGAUUCCGGCUUCACCGACGACGACGCCUCCUCCACUUACCAAGUUCAGCUCCCUCAGGAGCUUACCUCCGAGUCGAGCGUAUCCAGCGUUGCCGCUCCUACCCCUGAGUCCCUUCAGCACCCCAGCCCGCCCACCACAGAGUACUCAUACGAUUUCGGUUUCACCGCCGACGAGCAGGAGUACAUCGCGGUCUAUUCCAACCAUCCCGCUGAGUACCCCGAUUCCAACUUCGCGCAGUCCACGUCCCAGGCGGACACCAAUGGCUGCACGGAUCAGCAGGCAACCUACUACUAUUUGAGUGGUUGGGGAGUUGAAGGGAGUAAUUAA